AUGGUGGAGGAGGAUGAUCUUGGCUGCGGCUGCCUGAAGCGACGGAGGCCUAUGUCAGAUGUGCCUGGCCUCGACAGGAAGUUGGCAGCUGAGAAAGACUUGGUGCUUUUCCUGAAAGUCACUCACUUCGAUUUCAACAUUACCACGCACCAUCGUAUGCUGCGGACAAUUUACACAAAGCUGUCGAGAACGAAGGUUUGUCCGAGCAUCGGUCGUCACUGGGAAGUGCUUGGCUUCCAGGGUGGCGACCCGCGUACAGAUUUAAACCGCUCUGGCGGCUUGCUGAAUGUCUUGCAAAUGUUCUACUUCUUUUCCCACCACUUCGAGCUUUUAAAGUCUGCCUAUUUGCUGGCCCAAGAUGUAGAGCAGCGCCUCGAACUGCACAGUGAAAAGCCCAACAUCAGAGAACACCGGUGGAAGUACCAUUGGUCGUGGAUAUAUAUAUAUAUAUAUAUUUGUGUGCUGUGUGUCAAACCCCGUUUCCAGGGGCAUUUAGGAUUAAUUUAG